AUGAAUAAUCAUUUGAGAUUCGUCGUGUCGCAUGGGGGAAAUUUUGUUCAUGCGGAUGACGAAUGGAAGUGGAGAGGGGACAAAACUACUUCCAUUCUGGUGCCAAGAAGUAUUACCGUAGCCGAACUUAUGUUAAGGUUGAAGAAGAAACUUGGUAUUCUUGAUCCCCGCGCUCAAAUUGAAUUGAAGUUCAAAGUCCCUAACUUGAAUAUACCUCCGGCUGAAAUAUGCGACAAUGAAGAUUUAAAUUGGUACGUAUCAAUGCAUAAGGAAAGUGCUAUCUGCGUUACUGUUUUGGAAUCCGAUCUCCCAAGUGUUGACAUGGGAAGGGAUGCAAAUUUUGAAGAUCCUUCGUUUGCCACGGUAGAUGUUCUGCAAAACGUGGAACAUGAUUUGGUGAAUCGGAUGCAUAGUGUCUCAAACAAUAAUGCACUUGAAACACAUGAGUAUGAUAACGGGAGUGCACCAUUAGAUGAGAACUUGGAUAACCCAUCACCUAGUUUAGAGGCUUCUAAUUCUGUUGACGUCGAGGACGAGCACUCUUUGUCACAUUCCAACGAUUUGGAUGGAUAUGAAUUUAUGAGAACCGUGACUACAUCCGAUCUUGCGGAAAAGGAAAUAUUCUUCAGCAAGAAAGAGUUGUACUCGAAAAUUCGUGCACUUGCUUUGAAAAACAAGUUUCAAUUUCGGGUGAGCCGGUCAAGCAUGAAGAUGUUAACCGUUGUAUGCGCCGACCGCAGUUGCAAGUGGAUGUUACGUGCUUCUACUGUGAAGCAGUCUGCAAUCUUUGUGAUCCGUAAAUUCAAUAAUGUGCACACAUGUUCCAUCGAUUUUCGCAGUAAUGCGCAUCGACAUGUGACGAGUGCUGUAAUUGCCAAGCAUAUUUUCGAAAAAUUGGAUAAUCCAAACCGAUCGUAUGAUCCGAGCACUAUUGCACGUGACAUGGAACGUGAGCUCGGUGUCCAAAUAAGUUACAGCAAGGCACGUAGGGAAAAGGUGGCCGCUUUACAUAUGCUGCAUGGGAAGGACAGUUUUCAGAAACUAUCUUCAUACUGUCAGGUACUAGGUGAGAAUAACCCGGGGACGGUAACCCACAUCGAACUUGAUUCGCGCGAUAGAUUCCAUUACUUCUUCCUAGCUUUUGGUGCAAGCAUUCGUGGUUACAUGCAGUACUUGAGGCCCGUUGUUUGCAUUAACGGUAGUCACUUGAAAGGUCCAUACAAGGGUACACUUUUACUGGCAACUGCUCAAGAUGCCAACAAACAGAUUUAUCCCUUAGCGUGGGGGAUUGUGGAUUCCAAAACUAACCGAUCUUGGAUGUGGUUUAUGUCUAACUUGAAAGAUCUUAUAGGAGACUCAGAUGAACUUGUAUUUGUUUCGGACAGGAAAAGAAGUAUCGAAAGAGCUAUUACUCACUUAUUUCCUUUGUCUCGUCAUUGUUGUUGUAUGUGGCAUGUGGAGAAGAACCUAAUUCAGCGGCACUUUAACGCAAGUUCAGUAUUCCUGUUCAAACGAGCUGCUACAACUUAUCGGGUCGAAGAGUUCAAACGACUAAUGGGACAGAUUCGUAGGGUGAGUGAAAGAUGUUACAGGUAUUUGGAGAAAGCCGAUUUUUCAUUCUGGUCACUAGCACUAUUCGUGGGCGACCGAUACAACAUUAUGACAAACAACAACGCGGAAUCAUUGAACUCAGUGCUGAGACAUGCUCGUUCGUUGCCAAUCACGUGUUUGGUCGAGCACAUUCGUAAAACAAUGCAGAGGCUUCGAGCCCAUGAGUUGACAAACAGCUUGACCCAGGUUGGAAUAUCCAACGAUACGGAGAUAAUGGACUUCUCCAAUAACAAGUGCACAUGUCGUGAGUUUCAACUAAAUCGUAUGCCAUGUGCUCAUGUAACUCAUGGUGCUACCCUGAGUGGUAAGUCAUUAUACAAUCUAUGCUCUCCGUACUAUACAUCGGAAUACUGGAGGGGUGCCUAUAUGGAAGUCAUAUAUCCCGUUACACGGGAAGUGGAUUGGGAUGUUUCAAAUGAAAUCCUAGGCACUCAUAUUUUGCCACCGACUGUACGCCGUCCUCCAGGUAGACCACCGACGCGGUGUAAGCAAGCUAGAUACGAGUCCACUUCCCAACUGAGAAAAUGCACUCGAUGUGGGAGACUUGAUCAUAACCGGACCACAUGUUCGAACCCUAUUGUAUCACAAGCCACUUGA